AUGGACGAUCAUGUGUGGUUGAGGGUAAUGCUUAUAAAGGACAUGCGUCGAUUUAGAGUUUCGUGGAAGCUCAGUUCUAGUUACAUUGGACCCUUUGACAUUAUGGAGCGAGUUGGAGCUUUGUCAUAUAGGUGGAUUUUGCCACCUCAGUUAUUCGGCGUUCACAACGCUUUUCGUAUGUCUAUGUUGAGGAAGUAUGUGACGGAUCCCCAACUUAGCAGUGAUUAUCAGACCAUUGAAGUUGGGGAGGAUGUUUGGUACAAAGGGAUGCCAAGUAUCAUUUUGGAGCGGAAAGAGAAAGUUCUAAGGAACUGGUUAAUUCCAUUUGUAAAGGUCCAGUGGCAACGUCAUUCUCCAAACGAGGCUCUUUGGAGCAUGAGGAUGAGAUGA